UUAUCUCCUCUCUCUCUCUCACCUUUUCUCCUUUUUUACUAGGGCUUUCAGCAACAUCACCCAAACACUCGUAAAAGAGAAAAAGAAGGAAAACCAAAUCCAGACAGCUCCAGUAAUAAGAGAGAAGAGAGAGAAACGAAAUCAGAUCCAAACAAGCAGAAACAGAUAAAAUAAAAAAGAGGAGAAGAAGAAGAAGAAGAAACGGAGUCUCAGCAGCGGAAAAAUGUCUGGUCCUGAAGUUUGAGAUAAUUACCAAAAUGGGAGUCCACCAUUCCAAAGCUUCCACCAGGCGCAACCCCUACGCCCCAAGAGACGAAGACCAGAACGAGAAUCCAACUCCCUCCUCCGCAGCUCCACCGAAUGGCGUAGCCCGCGCCACUCCGCAGCAGCAGCGGCGAGACGAGCGAGAGAUCGGAAAGCGGUCGCCCUUCUUCCAUUUCUACAGCCCGAGCCCCGCUCGCUUCUUCUCCAAGAAAUCUCCUGCUCCUGCCUCCACAGCUCCAAAUGCGAGCUCCCACUCCACGCCGCGGCGGUUCUUCAGGCGAGCGUUCCCGCCGCCUUCGCCGGCCAAGCACAUCCGGGCCGUGCUGGCACGGCGGCAUGGGUCGGUGAAGCCGAACGAGGCGUCGAUCCCGGAGGGGAGUGAGGCGGAGGUCGUCACCGGGCUUGAUAAGAGCUUUGGGUUUUCGAAGCAUUUCGGGAACAAGUAUGAGUUAGGGGAGGAGGUCGGGCGGGGGCAUUUCGGGUACACGCGCUCGGCCAAGUUCAAAAAAGGGGAGCUCAAGGGCCAGCAGGUUGCUGUUAAAGUCAUCCCGAAAGCCAAGAUGACGACAGCCAUUGCCAUUGAGGAUGUCAGAAGGGAGGUGAAAAUCUUGCGAGCUCUGACUGGACAUAGCAAUCUAGUUCAAUUUUAUGAUGCCUAUGAAGACCAUGAGAAUGUGUAUAUAGUGAUGGAGUUAUGUGAAGGUGGGGAGCUCUUAGAUAGAAUACUUUCCAGGGGUGGAAAAUACACAGAAGAUGAUGCGAAGGCUGUAAUGGUGCAGAUACUGAAUGUUGUUGCAUUUUGCCACCUCCAGGGUGUGGUCCACCGGGAUCUCAAACCAGAGAAUUUCCUGUUCACAACAAAAGAUGAAAACUCCCAAUUGAAGGCCAUAGACUUUGGCUUAUCAGAUUUCGUUAAACCAGAUGAAAGGCUUAAUGACAUUGUUGGAAGUGCAUACUAUGUAGCACCUGAAGUUCUACACAGGUCCUACAGUACAGAAGCUGAUGUAUGGAGUGUCGGGGUGAUUGCAUACAUUCUUCUGUGUGGGAGCCGCCCAUUUUGGGCCCGAACUGAAUCCGGUAUCUUUCAGGCAGUCUUGAAAGCUGAUCCAAAUUUUGAUGAACCACCUUGGCCUUCUCUGUCGUCCGAGGCGAAAGAUUUUGUCAAACGCCUAUUGAUUAAAGAGUCACGCAAAAGACUGACCGCUGCUCAGGCUUUGAGUCAUCCCUGGAUUAGAAAUUACAACGACAUAAAAGUACCACUGGAUAUUCUCAUAUUCAGGCAAAUGAAGGCCUAUAUGCGCUCAUCAUCUCUGCGUAAGGCUGCUUUAAGGGCUCUUGCAAAGACAUUGACUGUGGAUGAGCUUUUUUAUAUGAAAGAGCAAUUUGCACUGUUGGAGCCAAAUAAGAACGGGUGCAUCUCACUAGAAAACAUCAGAAUGGCAUUGGUGAAAAAUGCAACAGAUGCUAUGAAGGAAUCCCGCAUUCAUGAUUUUCUUGCUUCGUUGAAUGCUCUUCAAUAUAGAAAGAUGGACUUUGAAGAAUUCUGUGCAGCUACAUUAAGUGUGUAUCAGCUUGAAGGCCUGGAUAGGUGGGAGCAACAUGCCCGUGGUGCUUAUGAGUUUUUCGAGAAGGAUGGGAACCGGGCUAUUGUUAUUGAAGAACUUGCUUCGGAACUUGGACUGGGCCCAUCAGUUCCCCUCCACUCGGUCCUCCAUGACUGGAUCAGGCACACCGAUGGAAAGCUGAGCUUCCAUGGAUUUGUUAAAUUAUUGCAUGGCGUAUCAACUCGGUCCCUUGCAAAGGCUCACUAAAUUGUUGAAGCAUGCGUGGGUCCUCUCGGCUGCAGAUCCAAUGUGGGGUUAGGCCAAUACCGAGCUGGCAGCUGUGACACUAUUGAUUGCUCAUGUGGACCCCAUUUCACGGUGUUCUACAUCAGCGCCCGUCUGUCCUGCUAUCUGUCCACCAUUAUUUAACAGAAGCUUGAGGUCAUAGGAAUUGUUCUCUGGGGAGUGGGUGGAUUCGGUGCUGUCCCGAAUCUGUAUUUUUAAUCUUUUUCCUCUAUUGUAACUGUGGAAUCCAUUGUCAUUGUUGUCCGCUGUAAAAUGAAAGUGUAUCAUCGUGCGCUUCGGUGAAAUGUAUCUCACUCAAUUUGAUCCA